CUGUUCCCGCGAGGCGCUGGGGGAGGAGGAAGCGGCAGCGGAGACCUGAAUAAUUGAUUCUUCAGCGGCACCAGACGCCCGGGAGCGGGCGGAGAGCGUGGAUCCAGCACCGGGGACCGCCGCGCGCGCCACCGCAGGCGCCCCCGUCACCAGCCAGUCACCUCUCUCGGCCUGGUUCGCCGCCGUGCGCUCCGGGAGCGGGUGGCCGCGCUCCGCGCCGCCGCCGAGGGACUGCGGGGUCUGCCUCGGCCCGCCUCCGGGGAGGACGGCUGCGGGCGGAGGGCGCUCUCGCCCCGCGGAGCUCCAGGCGUCUCGGGCUGGCGCGGGGGCUGUGCGCUGGUGGCCAAGAACAAGUCCCUAAGUUGGCGUGCUGGGCGCCCCUGCCUUCCUCUUCCUCUUCCUGGGAGGCGACCGCGGCAGAAGCCAGCCCCAGGAACCUGGCGUGGCCAGAGCUGUGAACCAGGGUGGCCGGGCGCUCUGGACUCCCGCGGAGGAGCGGGGAACCGAACGGCCAGAGCCGCGCUGGCCCCGCAGCCCAGGGCCCCGAGGGAGCAGCCUUCCCCCGCCCGCGCCUCUCUCGGCCGGGGACCGCGGGGAUCCCCGGCCACACGCGCGCGCGCGCUCCCACCUCCACUCUCACACACACUCGCCUCACACACACCAGCCUGGAGCUGGGCUGCGGAGAGGGUGCUCCGGCGCGCUCCGAGGACCAGGCGGCUGCCGUCCGGAGCGGGGCAGCAAGCGAGCGGGGGCUCUUGGAGCGGGCUCCGAGGGCUUAGCUGGAGCAUGGGGCCGGAUGAGCGCUGAGAGUCACGGCCGCAGCCAUCAGCCCUGGAGAUGACCAGGAGCGGCCACUGCUGAGAACUAUGUGGAGAGAGGCUGCGAGCCCUGCUGCAGAGCCUCCGGCUGGGAUAGCCGCCCCCCGUGGGGGCGAUGCGGACAGCGCGGGACAGCCAGGGGAGCGCGCGGGGGCCGCAGCAUGCGGGAACCCGCUAAACCCGGUGGCUGCUGAGGCGGCCGAGAUGCUCGUGCGCGCAGCGCGCCCCACUGCAUCCUCGACCUUCUCCGGCUACAGGGACCGUAAGUGGCGACUAUGGGCAGACUGGGCUAUUGGACCUUGCUGGUGCUGCCGGCCCUUCUGGUCUGGCGCGGUCCGGCGCAGGGCGCGGCGGCGGAGAAGGGUCCCCCAGCGCUGAACAUUGCGGUGCUGCUGGGUCACAGCCACGACGUGACAGAGCGCGAACUUCGAAAUCUGUGGGGCCCCGAGCAGGCAGCGGGGCUGCCCCUGGACGUGAACGUGGUGGCCUUGCUGAUGAACCGCACCGACCCCAAGAGCCUCAUCACGCACGUGUGCGACCUCAUGUCCGGGGCGCGAAUCCACGGCCUGGUGUUUGGGGACGACACCGACCAAGAGGCUGUGGCCCAGAUGCUGGAUUUUAUCUCCUCACAGACUUUCAUCCCCAUCCUGGGCAUCCACGGGGGCGCAUCUAUGAUCAUGGCUGACAAGGACCCGACGUCCACCUUCUUCCAGUUUGGAGCGUCCAUCCAGCAGCAAGCCACGGUCAUGCUCAAGAUCAUGCAGGACUACGACUGGCACGUCUUCUCCCUGGUGACCACCAUCUUCCCUGGCUACAGGGACUUCAUCAGCUUCAUCAAGACCACGGUGGACAACAGCUUCGUGGGCUGGGACAUGCAGAACGUGAUCACGCUGGACACGUCCUUCGAGGACGCCAAGACGCAAGUCCAGCUGAAGAAGAUCCACUCCUCCGUCAUCCUGCUCUACUGCUCCAAGGACGAGGCCGUCCUCAUCCUGAGCGAGGCCCGCUCCCUGGGCCUCACGGGCUAUGACUUCUUCUGGAUCGUCCCCAGCCUGGUCUCUGGGAACACGGAGCUCAUCCCCAAAGAGUUUCCAUCGGGACUCAUCUCCGUCUCCUACGACGACUGGGACUACAGCCUGGAGGCGAGGGUGAGGGAUGGUCUGGGCAUCCUGACCACCGCUGCGUCCUCCAUGUUGGACAAGUUCUCCUACAUCCCCGAGGCCAAGGCCAACUGCUACGGGCAGACGGAGAAGCCGGAGACCCCGACUCACACUCUGCACCAAUUCAUGGUCAAUGUGACGUGGGACGGCAAAGACUUGUCCUUCACGGAGCAGGGCUAUCAGGUGCACCCCAGGCUGGUGGUGAUCGUGCUGAACAAAGACCGAGAGUGGGAGAAGGUGGGGAAGUGGGAGAACCAGAGCCUGAGCCUGCGGCACGCCGUGUGGCCCAGGUACAAGUCCUUCUCCGACUGCGAGCCGGACGACAACCACCUGAGCAUCGUGACCCUGGAGGAGGCCCCCUUCGUCAUCGUGGAGGACAUAGACCCGCUGACGGAGACGUGCGUGAGGAACACGGUGCCCUGUCGGAAGUUCGUCAAGAUCAACAAUUCAACCAACGAGGGGAUGAACGUCAAAAAGUGCUGCAAGGGGUUCUGCAUCGACAUCCUGAAGAAGCUCUCGCGGACCGUGAAGUUCACCUACGACCUCUACCUGGUCACCAACGGGAAGCACGGCAAGAAAGUCAACAACGUGUGGAACGGGAUGAUCGGGGAGGUGGUCUACCAGCGAGCGGUCAUGGCGGUCGGCUCACUGACCAUCAACGAGGAGCGCUCGGAGGUGGUGGACUUCUCCGUGCCCUUCGUGGAGACGGGGAUCAGCGUCAUGGUGUCCAGGAGCAACGGCACCGUGUCCCCCUCUGCCUUCCUAGUUGAAGAGCGGUCAUUGCCGCCUGAGCCAUCUCCAGCCAACAGCAGUAAUGGCGCUGUCACCGUCACCUUGUGCUUAAGUGGACACGGUGUGCCUUCCAUGAAAGGCCGUGCCGUUAGCCACGCAGGGGUUCCACGUGGCCGGCGGCCGCCCCUAGUUUUCGUGCUGAGAGUGUCUCUCCUGUCGUUCGCAGCGCCCCACGGGCCUUCCUUCACCAUCGGAAAGGCCAUCUGGCUCCUCUGGGGCCUGGUGUUCAACAACUCUGUGCCUGUCCAGAACCCUAAAGGCACCACCAGCAAGAUCAUGGUGUCCGUGUGGGCCUUCUUUGCCGUCAUCUUCCUGGCCAGCUACACGGCCAAUCUGGCUGCUUUCAUGAUCCAGGAGGAGUUUGUGGACCAAGUAACAGGACUCAGUGACAAGAAGUUUCAGAGACCUCAUGAUUAUUCUCCACCUUUUCGAUUUGGGACGGUGCCUAAUGGAAGCACGGAGAGAAACAUCCGGAAUAACUACCCCUACAUGCACCAGUACAUGACCAAGUUCAACCAGAAAGGGGUCGAGGACGCCCUGGUCAGCUUGAAGACGGGGAAGCUGGACGCUUUCAUCUACGACGCCGCGGUCUUGAAUUACAAGGCCGGGAGAGACGAGGGCUGCAAGCUGGUGACCAUCGGGAGUGGGUACAUCUUCGCCACCACUGGCUACGGCAUCGCCCUCCAGAAGGGCUCGCCCUGGAAGAGGCAGAUCGACCUGGCCCUGCUGCAGUUUGUGGGUGAUGGGGAGAUGGAGGAGCUGGAGACUCUGUGGCUCACGGGGAUCUGCCACAACGAGAAGAACGAGGUGAUGAGCAGCCAGCUGGACAUCGACAACAUGGCGGGCGUGUUCUACAUGCUGGCCGCCGCCAUGGCCCUCAGCCUCAUCACCUUCAUCUGGGAGCACCUCUUCUACUGGAAGCUGCGCUUCUGCUUCACGGGCGUGUGCUCGGACCGGCCCGGGCUGCUCUUCUCCAUCAGCAGGGGCAUCUACAGCUGCAUUCACGGAGUGCACAUCGAAGAGAAGAAGAAAUCCCCAGACUUCAGCCUGACGGGCUCCCAGAGCAACAUGCUGAAGCUCCUUCGGUCGGCCAAGAACACGUCCAACAUGUCCAACAUGAACUCCAGGCUGGACUCGCCCAAAAGAGCCCCGGACUUCGUCCAGAGAGGGUCCCUCAUCAUGGACAUGGUCUCGGACAAGGGGAACCUCAUCUACUCGGACAACAGGUCCUUUCAGGGCAAGGACAGCAUCUUUGGGGACAACAUGAGUGAGCUCCAGACGUUCGUCGCCAACAGGCACAAGGACAACCUCAACAACUACGUGUUCCAAGGCCAGCACCCUCUCACCCUCAACGAGUCCAACCCCAACACGGUGGAGGUGGCCGUGAGCACAGAGUCCAAGGGCAACUCCAGGCCCCGGCAGCUGUGGAAGAAGUCCAUGGAGUCCCUGCGCCAGGACUCUCUGAGCCAGAACCCUGUGUCCCACAGGGACGAGGGGACCACGGCCGAGAACAGGACCCACUCCCUAAAGAGCCCCCGGUACCUUCCCGAAGAGGUGGCCCACUCGGACAUCUCCGAAGCGUCCAGCCGUGCCACGGGCCACCGGGAGCUGGACAACAAGAGCCACAAGACCAAGGACAACUUCAAGAGGUCCCUGGCCUCCAAGUUCCCCCAGGACUGCGGCGAGGUGGAGCGCACCUACCUGAAGACCCAGGCGGGCUCGCCCAGGGACAAGAUCUACACCAUCGACGGGGAGAAGGAGCCCAGCUUCCACCUGGACCCGCCCCAGUUCGUGGAAAACCUGGCCCUCCCGGAGAACGUGGGCUUCCCGGACACCUACCAGGACCCCCACGAGAACUUCCACAAGGCGGACUCCACGCUGCCCCUGAACCGCAACCCGCUGCGCAGCGAAGACGGCUUUCCCAACAACGACCACCAGUACAAGCUCUACGCCAAGCACUUCACCCUCAAAGACAAGGGGUCCCCCCUCAGCGAGGGCAGCGACCGCUACCGCCAGGGCUCCACCCACUGCAGGAGCUGCCUCUCCAACCUGCCCACCUACUCGGGCCACUUCACCAUGAGGUCCCCCUUCAAGUGCGACGCCUGCCUGCGGAUGGGCAACCUCUACGACAUCGACGAAGACCAGAUGCUGCAGGAGACGGGGAACCCCGCGCCCCGGGGGGAGGAGGCCUACCAGCAGGACUGGACGCAGAACAGCGCGCUCCAGUCCCAGAAGAGCAGACUGAGGAUCAGCCGCCAGCGUUCCUACGACAACAUCCUGGAUAAGCCCAGGGAGAUGGACCCGGGCCGGCCCCCCCGGAGCAUAAGCCUCAAGGACAGGGAGCGGCUGCUGGAGGGCCACUUGUACGGGAGCCUCUUCAGCGUCCCCUCCAGCAGACUCUCGGGCAACAAGAGCUCCCUCUUCCCCCAGGGUCUGGAGGGCAGCAAGAGGAGCCAGUCUCUGCUGCCAGACCACACCUCCGACAACCCCUUCCUCCACUCCCACGCCGAUGACCAGCGCCUCGUGAUCGGGAGAUGCCCCUCGGACCCCUAUAAACACUCGUUGCCCUCGCAGGCCGCGAACGACAGCUACCUUCGAUCGUCCCUGAGGUCCACGGCUUCGUACUGCUCCAGGGACAGUCGGGGCCACAGUGAUGUGUAUAUUUCGGAGCAUGUUCUGCCUUAUGCUGCAAAUAAGAAUAACAUGUACUCUACCCCCAGGGUUUUGAAUUCCUGCAGCAAUAGACGCGUGUACAAGAAAAUGCCUAGUAUCGAAUCUGACGUCUAAACUCUCCCAUUACUGUCUUAUCACAGGGAAACACGGCGUGGCGCGCGCUCUGGAGGGUGCAUGUGGCCGUCCGACAGUGCCCUGCAAGGAGGAGGAGGGCUGAGAGAGGUCAUUUUUGUUGGCUCUUUUGCACAUGGCUCAUGCCAUAAUCUUUCACUCAAGGAAUCUUUGAGCUGUGUGCUGAGCACAGCAGAAACCAGAGAGUUGAGUCCUUAACCAAAAACAAACAAGAAAGAGGGCAGGUCUCCGGACAUGCCUUACCAGGUGUGUUGGCAAUAAUGGCCCAGGAGUGUCGAUGGCGACGUUAGGGUUCCCUGUAUGCAGACCCCAUUCACAUCGGCCCACCAUGUAAUUUCCUCAUCUGAAAUGCCCAAUGGUUUCUCUAAUACAGAAUAAGCAAUAUGGUAUGCAUGUGACCCUGACACAGACCAUAGGACAGUUAGGACCGCACCUGCACGGGAGCGAGGUGCACCUGUGCGGGAGGUUAGGAAGCCCGGCUCGUGACCGUUCUCACUUUAUUGUUAUGCUGCCCCCCAUGCCCAGGCCCGACCCCGAGAGCCCCAGGCUCCCCCAAGAAUAGCAGAUCAGCGUGUGCGUGGCUCCUCCGCUCCCUUCACCACGUCCCUCCAAGACACAGCUGGAGCGAAACGCCACAGGGACUCUCAGGCGGAGCCACAGGGACCUCUCUGGAUGUCGAUGUGCGUUUUCCUCUCAUCCCGGGCUCUGAUGGUCUUGCUCAGAGCCGCAUAAACUAACGCGUGUGUGUCUUCGAUACCUAAGUGUGGACCUGUCCGCGACACAGUGGCCGUUGUAGUUGACCCCGAAGACUCCUGUGUACGUAAGUUAGCAUUUCCUCCCUUCUGGUGACGACUCAGGGUUGUAUAGUAUCUGUUACCCCAACCCUCCCAGCGGAACCGUAACUUGUCCCGUCCCCCGAACAGCCAUGGUGGUGUCUAAUUAGCUGUGUGUUUCUGUUCCCAGAGUUGUUAAUGUGGUGACACGUGCCAACAGCCAUAUGCGUACAGUGAUCUGUCAGGAGCACCGUGCCAUCUGUCUGCCCGAGCCUAGCAUGGUUUUAGGUCUAUCUUCCUUAAUGUCACAAAACGCUCUUGGACGCCCAUUUCCACCCCAACCUCCUCAAAUCAAAAGUCUCCAAAACAUGAGACACUCAUGCCUCCUCCCUGAGCACCCCCAAACUGUGGAUGAAGUGAAUCAGGAGCCGAGCGCUCUCUGCUGAAACACACACACACUCUCUCUCCAAGGCAAACUGCCUCGUCAGCACCAACAGAAAUAUGUGAAACCCCCCCCCCCAGACGCGUUUGUCUCAUCUCAUUCUUACUCUGCUAAACCCGGGCACGCACGGCACGGGUGACUCUCGUUAUCAGAAACAGUUGGAGGCAGAGAGGGGAAUAUUUACACUUGGGAAACUUCUUAGCACAGCACCUGCCGCAUUAAAAAAAAAAAAAAAAAAAAAAGCAAACAGAAAAAAUAACGGUCGUUGUUAUUUUAUGACACUUUUUCAGACCAGAAUUUUCUAGUUUCAAAAUCAAAUAUCAUGAAACCAGCAAACGAUAUGCCUGAAACAUUUUGUAUGGAUCUACUCUAUUAGUAUAUUUUAAAUACACCACUAUCCUGGAAACAGUCGGGCUCGUAGCCCUCCGUUUGUGCAGGGGACCUGUCUCCUUGGUCGCCUCCUGCGAAACCUGGGCCGUGGUGGACCCAGCCUGACCAUUUCCCGGUUCUUGCCGACGUUUGCUUGGGCUCUUGGAGAAGGAAGCAGGGUGGCAGGUUGACCGAAAGGACCCGUUUCUUCCCCUCAGGCUGCGUUCUGUUCCACAGGCAGCGUUGUUCUCCAAGCGGACGGAGGCUGGGGAUGGCUCUCACUCUCUGGAAAGGUGCCCUGCCCCUGACACUCCCAUCGUGUUGAGAAGGAGCUGGGAUGAAUCUGAGGGUCGGCCGUAGGCAGCAGAGGAGGCCUGGGAGGGGGAACAUGUUCCUAUCGUCUCAGGCAGAGGAGGCGGAGGUGGUGCGCGUGACCCACGGGCUUGAAAAUGACAUUUUGUUUCUUGGAUGCUGCAUCUUUUCCAGACCCCAAAAUGGGGAGACCUAGAUUAAAGGACCUGGGAUGGUCACCCCUAUUCCUGGCCUUGAUUUAAGUUUCUGUGGCUGCGCCGUCUCUAGCCCCUUCUGACUCUGCCCUCCCAUCGCCUCCCAGCCCUGGGCUCACCCAGAGGAGGCCACUGCCAUGUCCUCAUGAGCCUGGCCUGUCUUAACACCAAUCCAAAGAGGCUUCCUGUCUUCCUCGGGUGUCCCCAGAGCCCAGGGCGCUGCCUCAUGCCACACCCAGUCUCCACGGAGAGUGACAGCACGGUUGGGCUGACUCCCUCCGUCAGCAAGCCUUCCCCGAAGAUCAGCCUCGCUGGCUGCUGACCCCAGACAUUUAUGGAGGAAGACACUGAAAACGUGGCUUUGGGGAAACGCCCACAGUCGUAUGGUGGGAGAAACAGACUUCUCUUCGUAUCCGAGGUGUUUUGAAAGCUAGUCACAGUGAAAACAGUUGGAAGUUAGAAUCUGUGCCACAGACACGUUUUCCACCCCCCGUUCUCUCACUGAACUUAAAGGCCAUGGCUUCAACAGGAAGGUCAGCCACUGGCCGGACGGGCAGGUUCCAAGUGAGAGGCCGUACUGUGAAGCGAUGCAGAGGGAGCCCAGGUCAGUUCAGUUCUUUCAAGAAGUAAAACCAGAGACGUGGCGCCCAUGAGAAAUGGCACCAGAGGUGAGGGGAGCUCACGGGAGCCCUGAGCUCUGCACCCGUUACAGAGGGCUCCGCGCCAUCCCAGCCCGGAGAUCUGGGCGGCUGAUGCCGUCUCAGCAGAGCGCCCAGGUUUUACCCGGGUUAAGUCAGAGCUGCCGUCUCCUGACAUUUCAGUGACCACAAGUGACUUCCCCUUCUGUGCCAAUCCUCAGAGAGGUGCACGGGGAUGCGAUGGCCAGGUUCCCGCCCGUGGGUGGUAGCACACACGGUCACCUAAUUGAGAAUAUCCUGUGGGAGAGUCUUCUGGGCAGAAACUCGACUCUGGGAGCCUUGCUGUUCAGGAAAGUCGUUCCCGCCAACCUUGCACCUGCGGGUUCUGGGGCUGUUUGUGGCUCUCUUCAGCGCUCCAAGCAGACAGUUCCCAGAGGGUCCGUCUCCCCACCAGUGAGGGUCCAAGAGCUGGAGGGAUUAUAACCCCACCAUCCCGUCCACCGCUCUCCGUUACUUUACCCACCACCACAAAUGAGUGUCUCACGGAUUCUCCUUGGUCUUCUCAUCUUAUUUCCCAGGAAAGACCUCAUACUUAGCUUUUCUGAUGAAAACAUUAAAAUUCACCCAUUGCGGCAAAAUCUGUCACAUCAAUUCACGCUUACUUUCUGGGGAGAAAAAAAAAAAAAAGAAAAGUACACCUUGUUUACAAAUGAAAUAGUUUCAUUUAAAUGGGACUUGAGCCAAGGUGGUUAAUUAGUCAAAAGAUCCACAGUCGUCAGCGGGCACACAUUGUUUAUUCCAUUUGAUAUGUCUACUACGGAUGUGUAUUUAAUAUUCUGCAUCCUUCUCAGGAAAUGACAAAUGCCCUGAAUUCUUUGCAAAUAGAAUUGCUAAUGAAAAAGAGAAAAAGAAAGUUGGUGUUAAUUAAAUGGUGAUUAAAAAUUUAUCUCCUUUAAACCUAAAAAGUGCAGCUUUAAUAAUCGGUCGUCAUAUAAAUAAAUACCUUGCACUGAAAUCCCUUGCGGUUUAAGACCUAAAUAAAUACUAAUUUGACGAAACGUAAAUGCCCUUCAGAGGAGCUGAAUAGGUUCCUUAGCAGGAUGCACAUGUCUGGACUGUGUCUCUGUGCGGAGCGGUGAUGCGUGAAUCCUUGAGGGAUCGCGGGUUGUUUCCGAAACGGAGCCCUUGUCUGUGUGGACCCUGGCUGCCGUAGACAGAGUUGAACUUAAAAAAAAAAACAAAGAUGGAAGUGGGUGGACGCUCCGUCCAUUGGCUGGUUUGUGAUGUGCUAGGUCCCAGGCAAGGUCUGUCUUCCUUCCAGCUGCAUCGUUUUAUGUCGACUUGAGUCAAAACCAGGCCCUUUCCCGAUACUUCAUCUUUUUUGCUAAACAGGGUUGAAAAGUGCCAAUGGAAAGAUUAUUCUGGGUCCAUACUUGAAAAGUCGUCCCAAUGCACGGCUUCCCUUGCCCCCCGCGCCCCCCCAUGCUGCACUGUGUUCAUCUGUCUUUGUCCAUUUGGGUUCUGCUUUGCCACCUGGUGUCUGUCAGCUCAGAGCUGGGAACACCAGUGCCGUGUACCAUGUAUAUAAUAGAGGCCUGAUCCCUGCAGUCCACACCCAGGUGUAUUCUCCCAGCGGGGUUGUGCAUAUGUACAGCGUGUGUUAAAAAGCCAGCGGCAGUGCUGGCGCUGACACCGGGAAACCCCGGUUGGUGGUCUUCCCGUAGAGAAGGCAUUCUAUAUUUUUUUAAUCUCAGUUCUAGGGAGGGUAACAGAGCCCGAGUGGGGUUUGGGGUGUUGGUAUUCUUGGUCCCUUGAAAGGCAAAACUCUGGGGUGAGCCAUCGUGGAGUAGGUGCUGUUUACAUUAGUUCUAAAGAGGACGCUGACGUGGGCUUGGAUUUCUCUAAACCCAUCCAAAGACAUAGAUUUCCUCCCUAGAUCCCUCACCCUCCUCCCCACCCCUGCAUUUCUGUGCCUAGAAGUGCCGAAGGCAUAGAGUCGCCAGGAGACGCCUGCCCGGAGGGUCUGAGGAGAGACAGAGUUCGUGGGACUGCACGGGACCUGGGUGGGGAAGGAGGAGGCAGAUGACGGGGCAGGGAUCCGGGGAAGACUGGCGAGGGGCCGGAGCCGCCCGCCGCGGGGUCUCGUUUCUGGCUCUGCUCCCCUUUCCAGGCUGACCCCCUUCUAGGUCUUUCCAAGGAGGACCCUUCUGAGAACCUCGGGUCAGAAUCAUAAAGGCCCACUGACCUGGCUUCCUGUGCCCUGUGCAGACAGACCCGCGAAGCCCCCGUGACCUGGGUUUCCUACAAACUCUCACUCUCCCUCAUUUUCCCAGGGCCUUUCUCCCUGAGAAAGACCCACAAGGGAUGUGGCUUGAAACCGUGAACCAAAGAUGACAUCUGGCAGCCAUCCUUGAAGUCAUAGCGCUACUUCCCAUGCACCGAGGUUGAACCAAGUACCUUGGUCACCUGACGGGACUCGACGGAGGGUCCACUCUCCUUUGAAGUCCACUUUGGUCUUAGGAGGCUAUGAAGGCGAUGGAAAAUACAGUCUCUUUCAGAAGUAGCUUGUGAUUUGGAAAUUCCGUUCCUUAACGUGGAAGGUAACUAAGACCACCUGGACGGCAAACGCAGAGCAAACAGUACGGGUUAGAAAGGAUUAAUGGAGUUGUUGCCAAGAGGUAAAAAUGAAUCCGACCCCAAGAUCAACCUUUAAAAAAAAAGCUCUCCCCUGUACUCACUGCUCCUGGAAAUGCCCCGAUGUCCGAGACGCCCGGGAGGUGUCUAGGGACCCAGGAGCAUCCAGCCAGGAGGGUGAUUCACCCUCCACACCCCUGCACUGGCAGGCUGGGCCGGUCCUCCAGCCCUGGCCAGAUCACCUCCCCCAGCUCUGCUGAGCGACAUGUGCUUCAGAAGGGGGUCGGAAGAACCCUGCAAGGAUUAGAAAAUGCACCGUGAGGGGCAAGGCGGAACAGUUCCCCAAGGCUCUUUUGUCUGGUUUUGGACUUUGAGGAACACUUUUGACAGUCCAGGGCAUAAGUGUAUCAGGGAGGACCAGGGAGGACCAAGUGCCUACUGUUGUGGCUGGAGACGGGAGGCUGCAGGUUCCCUAGAGAGACGACACGGGGCGUCUACGCGUAUUUGGGGAGGACCGGCCGGGUGGAGAGGGGGACUUAUUUUACCCUGUCCAACCCAGUUCUGUGCAGUACAGAGAUGUUAGACUCUGUUUAUCACAAGUACACACCAUGUGUCAGCAACUGAAUCUGGAAGUAUCAAAAUAUACCCACACGGAGUAUAGAAUAUAUUCUAGGAACAUUCUAGAAUGAGGUCCUCAAAAUAGCCAUAGGAUAGCAGGAUGAUUGCUCCCAUUUUGCAGAUGAGGAAUCUGAGGCUUGGUUGUUCUCAGCCUCAUCAGAAACUAGAGUCAGCUGAUAAAUCCCCGAUGUUGGACACAUUCUCGAAGUGCCCGAUCUCCUGCAGGGAGGUCAGAAGAGGGUCGGGGAGAGAGCUGCUGUGUGCUGGUCCCGGGCCCUCAGAGUCAGGAAUGGACCGUGUCCAUCACACGGGGGGUCUCACCUCUGUCCACAGUCCCCCCGAGACUCGAGCAUUGUCUGUCCUCUCCUCCUUCAUAGGAGUGCAGUCAGCAUUUAUUUUUUUGGUUCCUGAGAAGUUAUUUUUUCUCUUUAGCAUGUGCCUAAUCUUGAACAUCCCUUCCCACUCUCUCCUGACUUUAAAGUUGGCAUCAGGGCUUGUUGCAUUAGACAUAUGUACAUAGUGUGCUCGCGUGUGUAGACGCGCGCGCGCGCGCACACACACACACACACACACACACACACACACACUGCCUUGUGGCCCUUCGUUGAAGCUCUCCUAAACAUCGUGACCCAUUUUUAAGGAGGUGAUGUCAUUUGCAAGGUGAGCGUCCCUCCUCUUUGUUCUGCGUCCGCUCCUCUCUGCCAGGCAGGUAGAGUGAGGCUCAGAGGCUGGCGAGGUCGAGGACAGAGGUUUGCAUGAGGGCUGGGGAGCUUCAGGAGUCGGGUGGCUGGGGGCCGGCGGCCCAAGUGCUCUGUUGGUGUUUCCCUUCUUGGUCUGCUGUGACGUUUCCUAAUUGCCUUAGAGUGACUGUUCAACCGCUGAGUGCUUCUUCUCUUUGUCCCGCGAAGGAGAGUCAUUGAGUUGGAAUAAUUCCCUGGGCUCAGGAGCCCCGAGGAUCCGGUGUGGAAUGCACCUUGUAGACGAUGCUCCCGGGCACCCACCUGUCUUCUUGGGCAUCCUUCUCCUCCCACGUUCAAAGCCACGCUUCUUUUCUGGCACCCACAGUUACUGUGAGGUGAGGCACGCGGACCAUGGUAUAGAUGAGGAGUCUGAGCAGGGAUUCUAAAGGAUGUCUUUCUGGGAGGCUCCGUGGUCGAUCCUUCUGGGGGGUCAGUGAACCCGUGCAAGUGCCCUUCUCCCACUCCCUGAGAAAACGUAGCCGAGACAGAGAGCUGUGGAUAUUUAACAGCUAUUUUGAGAUCCUGUUGCUGUCUGCAAGUGCAGGACGAUGUUCUCCCAGGGAUGUUGAGCUAUGCAGAAAGUGGAGCGCCCCAAAGAAUGAUCUGGCCAACAGCAUGACUUUGGAGCCAUAUUUCAAAGCACAGAACUCUCCAGGGAACAAGAACCAAAUUGUUUAAAAUGGAGUAUUCCUCAAAUUAACUUCCUCAGAUAAGGUGACAGCGGUCUGCAGAAACCAACAAGACAGAGCAGAUUAUCACUCACAAGUCCCUCUUCUGUACUGUGCCAGGCAAACAAGGCGUUUGCAUUUUUUGCAGUUCUAGAACAUUCCUCAUUAGUGGUAGCCCCGGGUCAUAACCUCUUCCAGUUAAUUCUCCUUCAGACCUUUGGGACGGGUUUAAGAUGAACCCUGGAAAGAUAUUAACAUAACACAUAGCCAAAGCCGCAGCUGCCUUUUAAAUUAAUAAGGUUAAUUGUUCUCCAGCAAACAUGAGUUCGUCUUCGGCAUUUUAAAUGCUUCUCAUUGAUCUGACAUUUUGCCGUUUCAGGAUUUUAAAGGGCUCGAAUCAAAGAGUAUUGAUAACUGAGCAAGUAGCAAAGAUCCAGAAAUAUAAAAAACAUUGUCAGUUCCGCCAUGAAAACCAGCCGCGUAGCCUUUGGAGUUCAGUUGAGGUUUUUACAUUAGCCCUCUAAGACUUAUCGAAUCAUCUCUAUUCUCGGUCAAGCUGAUUCAAGCGAGUGAACAGUAUUGACUUUUUAAAUCUAUUUUACCUUUUUUUUAAUCUUAAGUUUAUUAGGUUUGUAGACACAGCUCUGGGGCCAUGAUCACUAGGGAAAUGAUAGAACUGAGAAAUAGAAGACUCCAGUGAUGACUUUGUAUGGCCCCUCGGGGUCGUCUUGGAGAAUUCUCGUGGAUUGGGAAAGAUGAAUGUGGCACUGGUGACAUUCAUGCUGCCCUGAUUUUUUUCAUGGGGAAGGACGUCAACUGUCUUGACUCUUUUCAAGAUCUUAAGUCAAGAAUAACAUUUCAUAGGAAGUGCACUCACUGACAGGUAAUUACGUGGCUAGAUGGGACUUGGUUGCUUGAGGGUCCCUAAAGGUUUUUUUUUAACCAGCUGUUUUAAAAUUCUGAAUAUCAAUCUUAUUCGUCCCCCUGCUAAAUUUAAAAGCAUACACUUGCCAAAUUAAUGGGUAGAAUUCAUCGUCGUUGAUGUCACACUGGAAUGUCUGUGUGUGUGUGUUUAUGUAUAGUAUAUCUAUAUUUCAAGCUGAAUAUUCAGAAAGAAUUAGAUGAGUUCAUGGGUGGCUUGAAUAAGAAGUAGAUCAUAAAAAUCAAAAAUAAUGAUAUUCUCAGACAAAAAUAAAGAUGAGCCAUUUAUUUUCCACUCGUGGUGUAUAAGACCGUGGCGUAGGGUAUGGACUGGUCAUCUCCCAGAAGAAGGUCAUUGCACGAAACAGCGUAUACUGCAGGGUUUGUGUCUGAGUCUGCUUUGAACCCAGUCGGGAUGGAGCUCAUAGGCAGAGGCUUUCCAUUCAUAGCUACCUUCAAGCACCGUCCAAAACCCACAUCAGAAGUGGCUUGAUCUCGUGUCCGGUGGAGCCCAAAGCGAGCUGCGAGCCCCUGGGCUCAGUGGUCUUCGUGUGGGUUAGGUCUCACUCACCAACCACAGCGGUUUCUAUCUGUCAUGUUUAAUCCACUGCAUGAGGAAGUACUGAUAACCGUAUUAAAUAUUUCCAAGCAUAGCUACGAAAAUCUCACGUUUGCUUAACACCUUUCUACGGUAGAGGAAGCAUCUACUAUGGUUGUCUUCUUGUAGUACGUCUUUUAGUUUUGUUCAAUGUGUUAUCAACUGUUUUAAGGAAUGGGAUUAUGAAAUGUGUGUGCAAACUGAUGUGUACAUAAAUCCCGAGGCAAAAGAAGUGCCCAAUCACACGGUGUAAAAAUGUAAAUACAGGAAAAUUUCAUUUUUCUAAUAAAGAUAAUUUCUGCCAAUUGAUAUGAAAA